UGGUCGCAAACAUCCCAAAGUGAUCGAUGACGCUCCCCUGCAGCAGCCAAUAACGUGAGGGUAAACAAUACGCGCUGUCCAGAAUAGUCUUCUGCAAUGACAGAUACAGUCAAAGAGCUGGUUUCAAAGUGCCUGCAGGCCCGGGACAUGGCAUACUGUCCAUACAGCCGGUUCCCUGUCGGUGCUGCCAUACUAACAGCAGAUGGCGCUAUAAUUACAGGCUGUAACGUGGAAAACGCCUCGUACGGUCUGACAGUGUGUGCUGAGCGGACAGCCAUCCAGAGGGCCGUGGUGGAGGGACACAGACAGUUCACCGCCAUCGCUGUGACAUGUGACAUCAAAGACCGCUUCGUUGGGCCGUGUGGAGCGUGUCGGCAGGUUCUUAUGGAGUUUGGAUCAGACUGGACUGUAUACUUAACCAAGCCGGAUGGAUCUUACAAACAAACCAGCCUCAGUGAACUGUUGCCUCUCGCUUUUUCCCCAGCGCACCUCACAAAGAACUGAUGAAGCCUCAGCAGCAUCCUUAGACACCACUGUUUAGUUCCUUUGUUACUUUUUAACUGCAAUGUCUUUUUGCUCUGGCAACACUGCAAAUGAGAUAAACAAUAAAACUCACCGCCCGCCCCAACAUGUGUGAGUAAUAUUAGAUACUUUAUUGAUCUCAAGGGAAAUUAAAGCAUCCCGUAAUUUAAAUUUAAAUAUUUAAAACAUUUAGACAUGUGACAG